UUCGUUGUACAUUUUAGCGUACCAGUGAGUUAUUACAUGACUGGACUUCUUCGUAGUCACAAUGCACACAAAUAUUCUCGCAUUUUUGCUGAUAAUAACUGGCUUCAUCGCAGUGAAAUCUCAAAAUAUACCGCCGUUUCUGAAGAUAUGUCAUCGCAAUGAUCCGAAUCUAAACGAAUGUGUAAAACAAAGCGUGGAGUUGUUAAGACCUUACUUGAGGACGGGCAUUCCAGAAUUACAAAUACCACCUUGUGAGCCGCUUCACGUACCACAAAUUGAAAUCAGCCAAGCAGUUGGCCCAAUUUCCAUCAGAUCGACAUAUAGUGAUAUCGAAGUUCGAGGUGGAACAAAUUUCCUCUUAAAGAGCGUCAAAGUUGACGUAGAUAAUGAUCGAGUUAGAUUGAAAUUAUACCUUCCACGUCUUGAAAUGAGUGCGCGUUACAAUAUAAACGGAAAGAUUCUGCUGUUGCCAAUAAACGGAAAUGGAUUAGCACGUGGCAAUUUCACGGAUAUCGAAGUUAUAGCCACUGUUCAAGGUGAACGUUAUAAAUCUCGAAAAACUGAUGAGAUUCAUUAUCGUGUGAUCGAUUUUUACGUGGACUUUGACGUUGGGAACGCCAAUAUCAAUCUGGAUAAUUUAUUCAAUGGCGAUGAUACUUUAUCCAAAGCUAUGAAUCUAUUUAUAAAUGACAAUUGGAAAAUUGUAGCAGCCGAAAUUAAGCCAGCUCUCGAGAAUACUGUUGCAGACAUUUUCAAAACAUUUUCGAAUAAGAUUUACUCAAAGUUUCCGAUGGAUACAUUGUUACCACCCUAAAUGUUUAUAAUUUAUAUAUUUAUUAGUUACAUAUAAAAAUAUAUAU